GCGGGAAUCUGCAAAUUGUUUUCAAUUAAAUUUUGUACCAGAAGUCGUUCGCUUGCAUUUAAAAUAUGUAAUUUUACUAAAUUAAAUCCGUUUAAUUUUUGUAUUAAAUUCUAUAUAAUCAUGAAAUUUCGUGCCGUUAUGAUAGAUACCGGUCCUAUGAGAGAGUUUUCAAAUAUAGUGUCUACUAUUUCAAAGUUAUCCAAAGAAUGUGUAAUGAGAUUAUCCGAUGAUAAGUUAUAUUUCAUAGUUAGUGAAGAUAAUAGUGGCCCAACACCACCGGUGUUGUGGUGCGAGAUCCCUCAAGACAUAUUUUUCUCUGAGUAUCAAAUGAUUGGGAUUGACGAGGAGCACAAAGAUAUUUAUUUAGGAAUUGUUUCGGCAAACUUAGCCCGGUCACUAAUGACAUUAAAAUCAGCAAAAAGUUUAAAAAUGAAAUUGACCAAGAAGCAGUGCCCUUGUUUAACAUUGGAAAUUGAAAUGCCGUCAUCAACAUCACAACAAACCCGACAAGUUACUCAUGACAUACCAGUUAUAGUAGUCCCCAGGAAACUAUGGAGCGAGUUUCAAGAGCCUAGAAUUCCACAGCCUGAUAUUUCUAUAGAACUACCAACGUUAAAGCAACUGCGAACAACAAUAGACCGGAUGAGAACAAUGAGUCCGGAAGUAGUUAUCAGAGCUUCAUCGGAGGGUAGACUCACAUUGCAAAUAAAAACUAGCAUGGCCAAGGUGUCUACAAGAUUUAAGGAUUUAAGAGUCGAGGGCUUUGAAGGACCAAUCGAUCAUUCAGAUUCCGAGACGGAGAGUCAAGCGAACGAAGAUAUGUCAAACGUGUGCUAUUGUCGAGUAGAUGCCAAGAAGUUCUCCAUAUUCCUGAGUGCCGACCAAAUAUCCCAUAAUAAAACUGUAUGUAGUAUUUUACAUAAGAAGUUGGUCAUUUUAUGUCUUCAGACCGAGGAAAAUGUGAAACUGCAGUUUUUUAUCACUGGGAUUGUAUAUUAAUGU